AUGACAAGGCCAACGGUACUACUCGCACUCUUCAUACCUUUUCUCACCAUCAACUGCGCAAACAUUGUCCCAAUGGGAUGUUACCCAUACGCAGGUGGAUCUCAUCUCUACACCAAUGAUCCCAUCACAAUGGAAGGUUGUGCGGACGGAUGUUCAAACACAUACCACUUGUUGUACGCCUUCAAGUACUAUUACUCGUACUUCAACCCUGAUGUCCAAGCGACAGAUAUCAGAUAUGUUUGUGAAUGUGGGGAUGACUUGGGUUACACCCCAUCUGAUUGGACAUAUGGGGAAAACUGUGGACAAUUGAACUUCUAUGAUCCUCCUAUAGCGACUGUAUGGUUACUUGACACAACAUUUAGUAGAAUCGGUUGUUCCAUGCUCACCGAUUACCAAGAGCUACAAUUCACGAAUGUACCGGAUUUCGAAGCAUGUUUCGUGCAAUGUAAGAAUUCGAAAUAUGCUUUCGUCGAUAGAUUAGCAGGCGAUGGUAUCAGAUGUAGCUGCUCCGAUGAACCGACUUAUCAAGAACUGUCCAGCUGCCAAGGCACAACUUUGCAGGACUUCAACUGGAUGAUUUUUGAGCAUCCUCCUGGAUCUAGCGGUGGCCCAAGUGGUUGGGUUAGAAGACAAUUGAAGGAAAGAUUAGCGAGAGAAGCCGGUCGAAAAGCGCUGGCGGUCUGUCCGAAAGGUAUGACUGCUUGUCGGACUUCAAGUGAGGAUGAUUUUAGCUUUGAGUGCCUCGACGUCCAGUCAGAGUUGGAAUCUUGUGGAGGUUGUAUAUAUGGGUCUUUUGGACAGGCAGACAACGGUAUUAGGGGGAUCAACUGCCUAUCGUUGCCAGGUGUCAGUCAAGAAGGAGUCACCUGCCUGGUGGGACAAUGCCUAGCUUUCAGUUGUGAAGAUGGGUAUGAUCUGAGGGGCAAUCGGUGUACCCUCUAA